AUGCUGAUGGAGCAGGUGGAGAGCCAGCAGGAGGCGGCGGAGCGGCAAAAGGAGAGCAUGGAGCAGCUGGAGGCCACGGUGGCGCAGUUGGAGGCACACAUACAGGAGCUCAAUGGGGAAAUCAGCAUGCAAGUGGGCAAGCUGGAAGCUCAGGCCGGGCAGCUGGUGGCUCUGGAGGAGAAGCUGGUAAAGCAGAAGCAGGACCAGGAGGCGACCGUCCGCCGCCUGAGGGAGGAAGCGGAGCGAGACAAGACCAACAUGAUCGCGGAGACCAUGAGGAACAUGGAGGUGGUGUUUGAGGACAAGAUGGGCAAGGUGCUGCAGCAAGAGCGGGAGCAGAACAGCGAGAAGAUGCAUCAGCUGCAAAACAUGCUGGGAGAAAACAUGACCCUGUGGCAGGAGAAGGACGUGAUGCAGAAGCGAGAGCUGGAGCUCUACUGCGAGGUCAGCCGACUCCAGGAGGAGCUCGUCAAGAAGCCCAGACGCAAGCUCAUCCGCAGGAAGGUCAGGACAUACACGUGCACAUGA